CUAUACAUUAGGUACCCCCUUGACCGCAAACAUACGAGGUACAUUUAUGAUGCACCCCCUGUCCUACGCUGUUCCCUACUAAUUUUUAUUUUCUUUCCUUCAGAACUACCUUUCCUCAUUUCUUUUCGCGACGUAAAAAUAUUUCCCCCCUAAUAAUCCGUUUUGUUGGGCAGGUUUAUCAUGGAUACGAUUAUUAUCAGCCCGGAGUUACCUCCGAAUGAUGUUUUACUCCUGCGGAACCUUGCCGAGGAUAUUAAGCAAUACCAAGAAAAUCGGACCGGCCCGUCUAACAAAGACGCCGCUACGACACCCGGCCAAGAGGCCGUUGAUGGAGCCCUUGGAAAUGGCGCCCCGUCAUCUAGGGAUGAGCACGACCUGGCUCGCAUGAGAGCGCUUAACGAUCCGGCACACCAAGAGUUCGAGCCAACCAUAUUCUCUUCCGUGGACUUUCGAGAUUUAUCAUCACGACUACACCCCGUGGUAUAUGAGUAUAUAUUGAAGCCAUACAUCAAAUGGGCUCAGAGCAUUGCUAGACAUCCCAGCGAUGUGAUUAUGGUUACUCACCUGAUCAUCUACUUCACCACUUCAGUCCCCAGCGCAAUAUGGCUCUUCUACCAUUUUACCUAUCUGCAUGGGAUUAUCCACUCUGCCAUGCAAUUUUACUACGUAGGCACAUAUACGUUAAUGAUGCACCAACAUAUUCACGCAGGAGGCGUGCUACGUAAACAGUCCUGGGUCCACCUGUUCGACGUAAUAUUCCCGUAUAUUACCGACCCUUUGAUGGGCCACACAUUUAAUAGCUAUUAUUACCAUCAUGUUAAACACCAUCACGUUGAAGGCAACGGCCCUGAUGAUCUCUCCUCGACUGUCCGGUACCAACGCGACAACGUCUGGCAUUUCCUCCACUACGUUGGACGUUUCUAUUUCUUUGUCUGGUUGGACUUACCCUUGUACUUCUUCCGGACAGAUCGUCUUACGUUCGCAUUAAAGACGGCGUUUUGGGAGCUAUUCAGCUAUUCUAUGCUCCUAACUCUAUUUCGGCUGAAUAGUCGUCCAGCGUUCUUCGUAUUCUUGCUCCCAUUCUUGUUGCUUCGCUUGGGACUCAUGGUGGGCAACUGGGGUCAGCAUGCCCUUGUGGACGCCGACGAACCCGACUCCGACUACCGAUCCAGCAUUACCUUGAUAGACGUUCCUAGCAAUAGAUAUUGCUUCAAUGACGGGUACCACACGUCGCAUCAUCUAAACCCUCUGCGGCACUGGCGUGAACACCCCGUGCACUUCCUGGCCAAUAAGCAGACCUACAGCGCGGAACACGCACUUGUCUUUCACAAUAUAGACUACCUAGAGAUUACCUUGCGAUUAUUGCUUCACCAUUACGAGCAUCUAGCGCGGUGCAUGGUACCGAUCGGGGAGAAGCAGAUCGCCAUGACCAUCGAGCAGCGUGCCGCCUUGCUUAAACGCUGCACACGACGCUUCACCGAGGAGGAGAUCAAGGAGAAGUUUAAGGCGCCUGUUAAGUUGGCCUCUAAGACUAAGUGAUGGAUAGCGCUGGGUUAGGAAUUGAAUUUAAUCGGCAACCUGUCCGGUGACGGAAUGAGUUAAGAAUAGACAUUUAUCACCGGACAUCUCCUUAAUGAGGAGGAGCGUUUUCAGAUUUUAUAUACCCAAGGCUUCCGAAUAGACCAAGGUUACUUGUACAACGUGUAAUAAAUUUAAUGCUAUCAUCAUCAUGCGUUUUAGUGAGUAAAA